AUGGAUAUCGAAGACGAAGACGACUUUUAUGCGCCCGAAGAGCCUAAGGUUCCUGCCGAGGACGAGAAGAAGCGGGAUGGCCCACAGCAGCCCACCAAAACCGACGAGCUCGAGGAGGGCGAAGAGGAAGACGAGGGCGCCAUGGACGAAGACGAAGAGGACGACGACGACGAUUCAGACAUUGACAUCAUCACCGAGCGCAAAGACGGCACAGUAGCUGCCCCUCAAGCCGACAUACGCAACAUCCCCCAGCGCUCAACAGCCGACGGCACAGCCAGCCCGGCAGCAUCAGCAUCGGGAGAGGUCAAGAUCAAGAGCUCGGGCGGCGCGGCGGCCAACGUGGCGGCGCCGAGCGCCGACAACACGUCCGCGGCAGCCUCCAAGUCGACGGUCAAGAUCGACGACGACCCGAUAUAUCCGCCCACGGGCAAGCCGAUAACGCAGGUCAACAUUGAUCAGGACCUGACGGACAACGAGAAGCCGUGGCGCAAGCCGGGCACCGACAUAAGCGACUACUUCAACUACGGCUUCGACGAGUUCACCUGGGCCCUCUACGCGGCCAAGCAAGAGAAUAUCAGGAGCGAGUUCGGCGCCGACGCCUUUGCCAACAACAGCAAGAAGAUGAUGGACGAGUUCAACGCCAUGAUGAUGGGCGGCAUGGGUAUGGGAGGCGCAGGCGGUCCCGGAGCAGGUGGCGGUGGCGGUGGCAUGGACGGCUCCAUGCCCCCCGAGAUGCAGCAGAUGAUGCAGCAGAUGAUGGCGUCGGGCAUGGACCCCAGCCAGAUGGAUCCCGAACAGCGAUCCGAUGGGCGUUGA